AAUAUAUUCAUAUCAGUUUUAGUAUUCGGCUUAACGUAAUUCCGGAAUUAUUUACUUAUACGUUUACAAAAUACAAGAUUAAAUAUGAAUUUAAAUAUUUCAUAAAAUUUAAAAUGUUCCAAACGACAUGUUAUCACACUAUUAUCGCAACACAUAGGUACUUAGCAGGAAUGUGACUGUAUAUUACCUACUUAUUGAUUGAAACAAUUAACUUCGCUUGAUAUGAUAAAAGGAUUAUUUUUUAUAUCUGAUAAGUCGCCGACGAUCGUCCACUUGGCAUCGGAUUCUUGUUGCGGUAAUUCGGGUAUCUAGUAACGAUGUCGGACUCUGUGAAUGUGGUGGAUCAGGUCUCGUCAGACACGCAAGUGUCUGUGCAUGCUGUACAGGAACCCGAGCCAGACUCUGGCGUCGAGCUGAAGAGGGACCUGUUGAAGGUCGUCGCUGACCACGAACAGGCCGCCAUGUUAAAGAACAUGAAUGAGCUCUUGCGGCCGGUGUCUGUAACAGGCAUGAUGGAGCACGCUCUUGUGCACCGAGAGCGCGUCGGAGUGCAAGACUUCGUGCUGCUCGAGGACUUCCGAUCUGAAGCCGCCUUCAUUGACAACCUCAGGAAGCGAUUCAAUGAGAAUAUUAUCUAUACGUACAUCGGCAACGUGCUUAUAUCCGUGAACCCGUACAAGAACCUGCCAAUCUACACGGAGGAGAAGACUAAACUAUACUACAAAAAGGCCUUCUUUGAGGCACCACCACACGUAUUCGCAAUUGCAGACAACGCUUAUAGGUCCUUGGUAUACGAACACAGAGAACAAUGCAUUUUGAUCUCAGGUGAAUCUGGUUCAGGCAAAACAGAAGCAUCCAAAAAAGUCCUAGAGUACAUAGCAGCAAGAACAAAUCACCUUCGUAACGUAGAAACUGUGAAGGACAAACUUCUUCAAACGAACCCCCUUCUUGAAGCCUUCGGUAACGCAAAAACACAUAGAAAUGAUAACUCCAGUCGUUUUGGAAAGUACAUGGACGUCCAGUUCAACUAUGAAGGAGCUCCUGAAGGAGGACACAUCCUUAACUAUCUUCUGGAGAAAUCCAGGGUAGUCAGCCAAAUGUCUGGAGAGAGGAAUUUCCACAUCUUCUAUCAGCUACUGGCUGGAGCCGACCAGGACUUGUUGAGGCAAUUAAAGCUGCAAGGAAGGCCGGAAGCUUACAAAUACACUACUGAUGCGGGUGCCCAAGGAAACCAACGUAACCAAGACGCUGAACAGUUCCGUACUGUACAAGAAGCGAUGAAAGUCAUUGAAAUUAACCAGACAGAACAGAAUGAAAUUUUCGAGAUCGUCGCCAGUGUACUUCAUCUAGGAAACGCUAAGUUCGUGCAGAAUGACAAGGGAUAUGCUGAAAUUCUGUCACAUGAUGCCAACUCUAACAAUGUCGCUGAGCUCCUUAAAGUGGACAGCAUAAAAUUAAGAGAAGCACUCACCAGCCGUACGAUCAGCGCACGUGGGGAUGUUGUCUGCACUCCUCUAGACCUGGAACAGGCGCAAUACGCCAGAGAUGCCCUUGCUAAGGCCAUUUACGACAAGCACUUCAGCUGGCUGGUCUCCAGGUUGAACGCCUCUUUAGCACCUAAGGACAAGGACAGCCGGUCAUCUGUCAUUGGUAUUCUGGACAUCUACGGAUUUGAAAUCUUCCCUAAGAAUAGCUUCGAACAGUUCUGCAUCAACUUCUGUAACGAGAAGCUGCAGCAGCUGUUUAUCCAGCUGACGCUGAAGCAAGAACAGGAGGAGUAUUUGCGCGAGGGCAUCGAGUGGGAGCCCGUCGAGUACUUCAACAACAUCGUCAUCUGUGACCUCAUUGAGGCCAGGCACACUGGUAUAAUCGCGAUCCUGGACGAUGAGUGCCUAAGGCCGGGAGAUGCCACCGACCUGAGCUUCCUGGAGAAGCUGACGCAGAACCUGGAGCCGCACCCUCACUACAAGUCACAUCGCCGCUCUGACAUCAAGACACAGAAGAUCAUGGGACGUGAUGAGUUCUGCCUAGUGCACUACGCUGGCGAGGUGACGUACAAUGUGAACACCUUCCUGGAGAAGAACAACGACCUGCUCUUCCGAGACAUACAGAGCCUCAUGGCCACCAGCGGGAACACCAUCGUCGCCAGCUGCUUCAAGGACAUCAACCUAGCGAGCAAGAAGCGACCAGAGACAGCGAUCACUCAGUUCAAGAACUCUUUGAACGAACUGAUCAAGAUAUUGAGCAGCAAGGAGCCUUCCUACAUCCGAUGCAUCAAGCCUAAUGACUUUAAGGCUCCUAUGCAAUUUGACGACAAGCUAGUGUCUCACCAAGUGAAGUACCUCGGUCUGAUGGAGAACUUGCGCGUGCGCCGAGCUGGGUUCGCGUACAGGAGAACUUACGAGGCCUUCCUUGAGAGAUACAAGUGCCUAUCCCGCGACACAUGGCCCAACUACCGCGGCGCCCCGCGAGAUGGCGUGCAGAAACUGGUCGAGGUACUCAACUUCGAGAAAGAGGACUACAGGAUGGGCAACACGAAAAUCUUCAUCCGAUUCCCGAAGACUCUGUUCGAGACUGAAGACGCUUACCAGAUCAAGAAGAACGACAUCGCGACCAUCAUCCAGAGCAGGUGGCGAGGGUACUGGCAGAGGAAGCAGUACCUCAAGAUGCGCGAGGCGGCCAUCAUCAUACAGAAGUGGGUGCGAAGGUUCCUCGCUCAGAGGCUGCUGGCCAGGAGAAAGAAGGCCGCGAUGGUCAUCAGGGCUUUUAUCAAAGGUUUUAUCACCCGCAACGGUCCGGAGACUCCAGAGAACCGUCGUUUCCUGGGUAUCGCGAAGGUGCACUGGCUGAAGCGCCUGGCGACGCAGCUGCCGACGAAGGUGCUGGACCUGUCGUGGCCGCCCUGCCCCGCCACCUGCCAGGACGCCUCGCGCGAGCUGCAUCGUCUGCAUCGCGCCCAUCUCGCGCGCAAGUACCGCCUCGCACUCACGCCCCAAGCCAAGAAGCAGUUCGAGCUUAAAGUACUCGCUGAGAAGAUGUUCAAGGGCAAAAAGAACAGCUAUCCAGCCAGUGUCGGCGAACGAUUCCAGGAUGAUCGCCUGACAUCAGAACACCAGACCCUCAGGAAUACCUUCAUGGCGUCACCUUCCUGGCCCACUGGUGAACAGCUAAUUUACUCAUGCGAGGCAGUGAAGUACGACCGUCGCGGCUACAAGCCCCGCGAGCGCGCCCUGCUGGCGUCGGACAAGGCGCUGUACGUGCUGGACGCGGCCGGACGCAAGACGUACAAACUCAAGCACCGCCUGCCGCUGGACAAACUGCGCGUCGUCGUCACCAACGAGACCGACACGCUCGUACUCAUCAAGAUACCGCAGGAACUUAAGAAGGAUAAGGGUGACCUGAUCAUCUCCGUAUCCCACCUGAUUGAGGCACUGACCAUCGUCACCGACUACACCAAGAAACCCGAACUUAUUGAGAUCGUCGACACCAGGACCAUCGCGCAUAACCUGGUGAAUGGUAAGCAGGGCGGCACCAUCGAGGUGCAGAACGGUCCGCAGGCCAACAUACACCGCGCCAAGAGCGGAAACCUGCUCGUUAUCGCAACUCCCUGAGCAGAUACCAGUAUUGCAAGAAACUACAACAACGACGUUACUUAGAAUUAACUUCAACUAUUCCAUUUUGUACUGCAUAGUAUUUAUUGUUAGUACCAAUGUAAUGCGCCUGCUUGUAAAUAGCAAUACCUACCUGAAAUAAGCCAUACAAUCCCCUUAAAAUCUUCAUUUUUCCUAUUUGUUACGGAAAAUUUCCUGCGUUUCACCAUAGCAGGCACAUGUAUAAGUAAUACAUAAAGUUGGUAACUUUGUAUUGAAGUGAACAAACGUCUAGAGAAGUGUAAGUUUAAAAAUUAUGUUUAUUUAAUGUUUCGUACUUAUUUUUUAUCCAUUUUAUUUUACACCUGUAUAAUUAAGUACGCAUAUAUUGAUGAUUGUUAGAUUUACCCAUUUUGAGCUGAACCUACAUAAAUGUUGUGCUUAAUUGAACAGAAAAAUUACAAUUUUUACACGUAUUUAUAAAUGAAAUAAUAUGUAUAUGGAAGUGUUAUUAAUAUAUAACAGUUUAAUAAAGUUUUUAUGUAUUAAAUGUGAUAUAAUGUUCAUGAGAUUUUCGUACAAAGUACUUAGUAUUUUUUGUAUGCCAUACAAAUUAGGUAUCGCGUGAAAUGUGUCAAUUAUUGUUACAUAAAUGUGUAAGAAAUCAUGAAAUCCCCUAAAGGGCAAUUUUGUAAAUAAGUCUAAAAUGUUUCCUAGCUAAAAUAUCAAAGUUUAGUCGUUAUAUACCAAAGGUAUUUUUAUUUUCCAAAUUUUGUGACAUAUUGUUAACAUGGUUAUGAAGACAGGCGCUAAUAUAAUGUAAUAAAAUGAUAAUAUUUAGAUAAUUGACACAUUUCCUUUGUUUGUAAUGAUGAUUAAGCUGAAUCAAAGGUGCCUACUAUAAGGAAACAAUUUGAAUUAAUGUUACAAUGAAUGUAUUUGUAAAAUUAAGAUAAAUGCUUGGCGUGGUCUGAAACACUUGGAUGGAGUAAGACUAUUGCUUUCUAUAACAUAAUUACGAACUUGAGGUCUAUUGUACGGCAUAUUGGUGCGUGCAACGUGAACAGGAACUAGGAUAUGGUAUAUAUUAGUAUUUUAAUAUUACCUAAAUCGUGUCUAAUCGUAACCAGGAAAGUGCGUGCGAGCAAUAGACCUCAAAUGGCCAUAUUAAGGUACACAGGCUAAAAGUGCCUUGUUUGUAUAAGCCAGUUCCUUCAGUCAUUUUUAAAUAAAUGUAUUUUAAUAAAAUAUAUAGACA